GCGGGCAGGGGAGCGGUGUGCGAGCUGCUCUGGCUGUAGCUAGCCAAGGCUGCCUCGCUUCUGAGCUGUCGCCAGCAGAGGCUCUGGGCUGCGGGACGCGUCGCUAGCUUCAGCCUCCGCGGGGGCAUGUACCUGGUUGUGGUCGUUCUGCCAGCUGCGGUAAGGUGGCUCGCCUGGCUUCUUAUUCCCCUCGUGUGCGGUUCCUCUUGGCUUUCCAUGUAGACAGCUGGCUGUAAGCACAGUGCUGGUCACCAUCUCACUUCAGGGUUGCUUCCUGACUGGAAUAUUCUAGACAAGAUCCUUUGUCAUCCUGUCGUCUACAAAUACAGUGCUGACAUGAGUCCUUCGAGUUAGUGUUUCAUGAGCCUCUCUUGGGUCAUAUUUACUGUAGUCUUAGUGCCUUUUGCAGAUAAAAACAUUCUUUAUUUUAUCAGGUAACAGGAAUCAGUUCUGGAUUUCCAUAUAGAGAAACAUCUGGAUUACAGUCAUGGCUUCAAGACAACCAGAUAUUCCUGCUAUUGAGCAUGGCUCUGGAGGGCUUCUAGGAAAGAUGUCCCUGCCUAUUGGAAUGCAUCGUCGGGCAUUCAGUUAUGAUGAUGCCCUGGAGGAUACAGCACCGAUGACUCCUCCUCCUUCAGAUAUGUGCUCCAAUGUCCUGUGGAAACAACCGGUCAUCCCAGAGCGCAAGUACCAGGAGCUUUCAAAGGUUGAGGAAGGGGAGACUAGCAUGUAUCCACCUGUCAUAAUCCCCUCAUCGUCCACUGAAAGUGUGAACAAGGUCCCAGUUGUGAAGGCCAAGGCCACUCAUAUCAUCAUGAAUUCUCUCAUUACAAAGCAGACACAGGAGAACAUUCAGCGCUUUGAACAGCAGGCAGGGCUGAGAGAUGCUGGAUACUCCCCACAAGGGCCUCACUGCUGA